AUGUUCCGGCCUCUUGCUGACACUUCUCACCCACCAGCUGCUCUCACACUACUGUCUGAGUGUGUCAUCAGACAACUCUUCCUCUUCAGAGCAUCAGCCCGGUCAAAGGUUCAGACACUCAACUGUACCCUGGUCAGAGGACUACACUCUCUGAUUAAGAGCUUUAAUCAGACUGUUCUGAAAGCCCCUGGGUACAUCAAGGCCAGCUUCGGGCGCCGCGCCGGCCCGGACCACUUGUCCAGCUGGUUUGAACACUCACUUGCGCGCUCGCGCCUCUGGCCCGGGACUACUUUUAACCCGCCCUGGCUAAAGAUGCCUGGAGCAUCACGCGUCAUCCCGGCUGCACACCUCUGGCCCGGGCUUCUUCCGCGGUUAAGGCUUUUAACUAGUUCUGAUUAA